GUUAGAACCAAUCCGUCCAAUAGUAUUUUAUCAAAAUGAAGGCUUUUGUUGCACUAUUCAUCGCCUCGCUUGCCGUCGCUGCUCAAGGAUCAUAUCUUCCUGCUCUCAGUACGGCGGUCGUAGCGGACACUGGCGCUGUUUGGCCCUACUCAACCGCUUGGAGUUCGCUGAAUGGAGGAUGGAACACCUGGAAUGGUCUUCACCAGCAAGCAUCGAUCGCCUAUCCAUAUGCGCAGAGCUGGUCACCGGCAUAUGGAGUGUAUGGACACAAAACGCUGAUUCAGGCUAAUUUGGGCAACCAGGGCGCCUAUUCGUGGGGCCUUCCAUGGGGAUCCUAUGGUGUUGGAUACGCAGGAAAAUAUGGUUGGGGCAAAAAGGGGCUGUACUAAACUAGGAUUGAUGAUGAAA